CUUGCUUGCAGGUUGCUUAAGGAUAUUGAUGAUAAAUGCAUACUCAAGCUAGGUACAAACUGAUGGAUAUAAUUUGGCAUCAAUAAUAAAUGCUAGGUAGUACUCUGAUUAGUAGAGAUGAGGAUACAGAGUCUCCUCUCUGUUUUUCCCGCGAAAGCAGAGGUGGUGCAUUUUUCUCGAACCUUCGGGGAGGACGAGUGGUUGAGACUCUGUGGAAAGGUGGACAGAGGAUGGAGGAGAUGGAGGAUCUAGAGGUGUUGUGUGUGAACCUAUGUCUAACAGAAGAAGAGAAAGUGGGGAUCGAACUUGGGAGUGAAUCUGAGGAUGCAGUGAGGGAGAAAGGCGAUAGAACUUUAAUUAGGAAGGUGUAUGGAAAGGGUGAUCGGGAAGGAGGUGCUGGCAUCGACAUUGGGCAAAAUCUGGAGAAUAAGCUACCCUGCAACUUUUCAGGAGGUUUUGGUAUUGCGAGUAACUUUCGUGGUGCAUGAAGAAGUAAUUCCUUGGGUUGAUCAACUUUUCAGAGCUCAAUUAUUCAUCGGGCCGGGAAAACCGUGUUGUUAUAACCAAGAUCAAAAAUCCCGAACAUAGGGAAAUUCCUAAAUGCAAUUGUUCUUUUGCAAUAUGCGCCAAGAAUUUUCCGUAUCUACAGAUUGUG